CAGAGUGGCUACCUCUCCCGUGCGGAACGCUCAGAAAACCCCGUAGCUGCAGCAGGACCCCCUCUUCUACCGCGCCGCCAUUAGGAGUCGACCUGCGGUGGCCCAAACGCCAAGAUGCAGAUUUUCGUAAAAACCCUCACGGGGAAGACCAUCACCCUCGAGGUCGAACCCUCGGAUACUAUUGAGAAUGUCAAGGCUAAGAUCCAGGACAAAGAGGGGAUCCCUCCUGACCAGCAGAGGCUGAUCUUCGCCGGCAAGCAGCUGGAGGACGGACGCACACUGUCAGACUACAACAUCCAGAAGGAAUCAACGCUCCAUCUGGUCUUGCGUCUGCGUGGAGGUGCUAAGAAGAGGAAGAAGAAGUCCUACACCACCCCCAAGAAGAACAAGCACAAGAGGAAGAAGGUCAAGCUCGCUGUGCUCAAGUACUACAAGGUGGACGAGAACGGGAAGAUCCACCGUCUGCGCCGGGAGUGCCCAGCAGACGAGUGCGGCGCCGGUGUUUUUAUGGCCAGCCACUUCGACAGACACUACUGUGGGAAGUGCUGCCUGACCUACUGCUUCAACAAGCCUGAGGACAAGUAGAUGAUCAAUAAAGCCCUUUGACUCCA